CCGCCCCAAUAGUUGCCCACGCCUCUUCCCAUUCUCGUUAUCACUCCCUAGCAAUACACUUGACCGCAGAUGAAGAAUUAGGGAAGCUCGAACAGAGAAAGAUUCGUCUGUGCAAGCCUCAGUAGAAAGAGGAGAGAAGGAAUAGCUGCGAGGCGGCCGCUCGGAAGAUGGGGAAGAAGAAGAAGAGAGCGCCUUCCAAGGUUUGGUGCUAUUACUGCGAUCGCGAAUUCGGCGACGAGAAGAUACUAGUCCAGCAUCAAAAGGGCCAAGCACUUCAAGUGCCACGUCUGCCACAAGAAGCUCUCCACCGCUGGCGGAAUGACCAUUCACGUCCUUCAGGCCCACAAGGAGUCCGUCACCAAAGUUCCCAAUGCUAAACCUGGAAGAGAAGCAACAGAUAUUGAAAUAUAUGGAAUGCAAGAGGAUGAAGCUCCAUCAAAAGCUGCAAAGGUGGAGAUUCCUUCUACACCAUAUGUAGUUCCAGGUUCAUUGCCUCUUGGAUAUCGUCCACGACCUUUAGGCCCGGGGCCCCCAGUCUACAGUUCUGGUGCGCCAUGGAGGGAGUCCUUCGAGUUCGACCGCUUGACUCUCCAUGAUAAGAGGCUAUCAGAAUUGUCGAAUAACUCUGAAGAUGGGGAAGGCACACCGUUGCCUAAUUUUACUGAGGUUCUGUGCAUCAACCGAAUGAAAGACAAAUUGAGCAAGUGGCGUUCUGGUUUAUUACAAACCACUAAAAAUGAUACUUCCCGGUGCCAUGACACCUCAACAGAUUCGAAGCAAUAGUUUCAGACUGUUUUCUUUAAGAUGCGCCCAGCUGUCCUUCUGAGUGGUUUCACCUUUCAUCAACGUAAUUUGAUCCGGAUGGUGAUGGCGAAUGAGGAGUGGUGACUUAUUCAAGUCAAUCGGUAUGAUAAUCAGAUGAUGGAUUAAAGAGGUGAUUAAGCUAAAGGAAUCUACGAGUCAUUUUUUCGAGGUGAGUGUAAAGGGGUAAAUUCUACGUCUUACGUAUUCUUUUAAAUAUUAUGAUUUUAAAUAUUUUAGCGAAUUGGUUAUCGUUGCUUGGUUAUGUGUGUGAUUGAUUAUUUGUGCUUUGCUUGAGUUAUGGUUUGAGGUGAUUUUUUUAUAGCUAUGCUUGAUGUGAAUGUGCAUGAGUUCUUAUUUAAUUAAAGCUUUAAGUUUAU